AUGGCUCACAAGAAGGCGCAACCACAGGAGAUGGUCCAGGUUGAUAGAUCAGAACGACCAUCUUCGCCGUUCUGGCGAGGACGGCCAUCGACGCCUCGUCAGACCUCGGGACAAUCGACGAAGGUGUUCGGCGCCUCCUACUCCCACGCUGAUAUGUUGAAGUUCGAGUCAUUAAACCUAGGACCGCAUUUGAGGCCAAAGACACCUCCCGCGACAUCGGCCCGACCAUCCCAGACCCCUCCAUCAGAGAGGCCACACUUUCAAUCUCCGGAACGAAAACCCUACUCAGGCUACACCUCGUCCGCAUUGGGUGAGAGCUGGGACUUGGCUGGCGGAGGAGACGUGGAAGGAGAUGAUGACGAUUUAGUCUACGAGGACGAUGAAGAUGAGUUUGGGCUGCCUAGCAUUGCAAGCAUGCGUCGAAAGAGGAGUAUAAAGAAUAAGAUGCUUAAGGCCGAGCAAAUUGCGUAUCCCAGUCUAUCACAGACUACGUCUGCUCCGGCGCUGGCACCAUCCCCAUUCCCGCGUUCUGCCAGAUCCAACAGCUUCGAUAUCGCGGAAGAACGAAAUCCCCUAUCGUACCCAACCACAAAGAAGGGCGAAGGCAAGAUCUUAAGGCCUCAAUACAAGGACAUUCUGAAGGAUCCAGCAAACUCGCUUCACCUCAUCAGUUUCCCUUCCCUGCCAUUAAAUGCAACCCCGAAAGAAGCAGAGGCCCAUAGUACCCGGAUAUCACGAAUCAACAAGUUCAAGCGGAUAUUACAAGCGAGUUCUGUGUCUCUGCCAGACUUGCGAGCAGCAGCUUGGUCCGGAAUACCUGAAGAAGUACGCGCCAUUACAUGGCAACUUCUUCUUGGCCAUCUGCCUACCAACAGUGAACGACGUGUUGCAAGCCUGGAGCGGAAGCGCAAGGAGUAUCUUGAUGCCGUGCAACAAGCUUUCAGUUCGGGGACUAUGGCAAGCAGGAAUGCAUCGAGCACAGGCCUGGCGGGGCUUGCUUCGCAGCCACCCGCCAGCGCUGGUCGCGGGCGAGGAUUGGACGAGGCGAUUUGGCAUCAGAUCAGUAUUGACGUGCCUCGGACAAAUCCUCAUAUACCGCUGUAUGGGUUCGAAGCCACACAACGGUCUCUCGAACGCAUUCUCUAUGUGUGGGCUAUCCGGCAUCCAGCCAGCGGGUACGUGCAAGGAAUCAAUGAUCUAGCCACGCCCUUCUGGCAAGUCUUUCUCGGCACCUAUAUCACGGAUCUGAACAUUGAAAGUGGAAUGGAUCCUGGUCAGCUACCGAGGCCCGUUCUCGACGCGGUCGAAGCAGACACGUUUUGGUGCCUGACCAAGCUGCUGGACGGUAUCCAAGACAACUACAUUGUCGCGCAGCCCGGCAUUCAUCGUCAAGUUGCUGCUCUGCGAGAUCUGACGACAAGAAUCGAUGCAGGCCUGGCUAGGCAUUUUGAAAACGAGCACGUGGAAUACAUGCAAUUCAGUUUCAGGUGGAUGAACUGCCUCUUGAUGCGAGAAUUGAGUAUCAAGAGCGUCAUCCGCAUGUGGGAUACGUACAUGGCCGAAGAGAAUGGGUUUUCCCAGUUUCACCUCUAUGUGUGCGCGGCAUUCCUCGUCAAGUGGUCUGACAGAUUGAUGAAGAUGAACUUCCAAGAGAUCCUGAUGUUCUUGCAAGCACUGCCCACUCGCGAAUGGACUGAGAAGGAUAUUGAGCUCCUGCUGAGCGAAGCUUUUAUCUGGCAGAGCUUGUUUCGCGGCUCACGAGCGCAUCUGCGGACUCAGAAUAGCACCGUCCCGAUGGGCUCACUUGGUCCUUCCACUUGA